AAUCUACAUGCAUAUAUGUUUGUAUAAUCUAUAUUUAAAAAACGAAAGCUAUUUAAAUUAUUGUGAUAUUGUAAUUACUGUAAUUAUUCUUUCCAAAAAUUCCGUCCGAUACCGGCAGUGUGGAAGUUUAUUUCUAAUCCUUCCAAUUUCCAAUCUUUCCAAUUUCCGACCCAGUGGCAAGUGUUAUUUAUUAUGUACAGUUGGAAAGGUUUGGAUUUGAAAAUUUGAAAAUUCCAAUGACAUGUGCACGUUACCCUUGUCCCGCAACUUAAUAGAAUUUACUGAAUUAUCGAUAUUCUCAAAAG